CUUUGUCUGCCUGUUUAUCAGUACGGUCACAGUGACGCAACGGUGGCAGCGAUGUGACGCCAAGGCUGACGACGUCAACCCUAUCCAGCUCCAGGGCAACUUCAACUUCGACGCCAAACCCGACCAUCGUGGUUUUGACGUCCAGAUCAUCAGGGGUCGUCACGGCUAUCAUGGCUACGGCGGGCCACCUGGCUUACGUACAUGCUUACCUUGUGCACCGUCACCCUCAAGCAAUGCAGUAGCGGAUCUCCCUCUCUGGCUUUGGCAGAAAUGGCCACGAGACCCUGGAGAGGGCCCUUGAGAUCAGCAUGACGGCGAGCAGCCUUACCUUAGCCUUUGAUCGUGACCUCACGAUGGCCUCUCCUUUCUCGUCUCUUCGUUUGCGCCAUCCUACCCAUCCAGCGCCCCCACGGGUAGGACUCGCCCAGAGACAUACAGACAGCCAGACCAUACAGAACACCUUCAGAUCAUGUACCAGCCGGGGCAGAUAGUCUGGUACCGGAAGCCCGCCGGAGGCCGGGACGCAAGCACCUCCAAGAGCACGGGCCGGAUCAUCAGCCUGCUCGCCGAGCCGGGCGCCCAGGCGGGUCGCCGCAUGGGGGCCGGCGCGGAGCAGCCGCGCUACGAGAUCCGGAACGAGCGCACGGGCAGGCUGGCCACCGUGCCGGAGAAGAACGUCAUCGGCACGGCCUAGCCGCGCCACGGCAAGCGUCCCUUUGCGACGCUGUCUUGGCCCCCCGCCCCCGCCCCGGAACCGCGCUGUCUCGGUAAAGAAUUGCGUGCCGAGGCUGGCUGGCGUCGUGCAGAGUGAGGGAGAAUGUUCAGAGAUACGUGUACGUUUAGUUGGGCCGGCACGCCUAGAUAUAUAUAUAUAUACCUAGAUACUCGCUGA